AUGCCGAGCAAAAACGCCCGCCUGCAGCAGUGGCUCAACUACCGCGUCCGCAUUGUCCUCCAGCGCAGCAGCAGCAGCAGCAGCAGCAGCGACUCGAGCACAGCAGCAGCACCAGCAGCAACACCGCAGCAGCGGCUGCAGCGCAGCAGCAGCAGCAGCCCCAGAACCCAGCAAAAGCAACCACCACCACCUCAAAACCACCACCAUCACCAGCACCAGCAGCAGCAGCAGCAGCAGCAGCAGCAGCAGCAGCAGCAGCAGCGUGGGUGUGCGCUGCAGGACUCGCGGAUGCUGGUGGGGACUUUUCUGGCUUUUGACCGGCACAUGAAUUUGGUGUUGGCGGACGCGGAAGAAUUUCGAAAAGUGAAAAUCAAAAAGUCGGAAGCAAAAAAGACUUUUGUGGAGGAGAAGGAACUCAAAAGGACCGUCGGAUUCAUCCUCCUCAGAGGUGAAAACAUUUGCACUUUCAUAGCGGAGGCCCCCCCGCAGCAGCAGCCCAAGAGGCCCGAGGGGGCCCUCGCGGGCCCCGGCCGGGGGGCCCCCGCAGGCCGCGGGGUGGCCCCCGUGGGGGCCCCCCUGGGGGCCCCCCUGGGGGCCCCCCCGGUGGGUUUGGCGGGCCCCGUGAGGGGCGUGGGGGCCCCCGCCCCACACCAGAUGAUGGGGGGGCCCCCCAUGGGCCGGGGGGGGCCCCCCAUGGGGCCCCCCGGCAUGCAGCCCCCCAUGGGGAGCAUGCCCCCCAUGAUGAGGCCCCCGGGGCCCAUGAUGUGA